GGCUAAAAAACCAAAAGGAUGAAGAAGCACCUCCGGUCCACGCAAAUCGCAGACAAGUCCCAUGGCUCUGUUUCAACCUUGUUCAAUAAUUUCAUCUUCUUCUUCCUCUUUCUUUCAAGGCUCUCAUCCCAAUCUCCGCUCGAAGUUCUUCGUCCCAAGACAUCAAACCCACCUCAUCCCCAACCCCAAGUCUCGUUCACUUUGCACAGCUUCAUGGCAAGAGCUUGCGGGAGUUCUAAUAUUCUCGGCGAUUCCUUUCACUGCUGUUAAAGCCAUAGCUAAUAGCCCACUUGGAGAGUCGCUUCAAAGAAGAAUGGAGGAGAGGAAGAAGUUUGCUGUUCGAAAUUCCUCCAAGUUUAAGACCUUGUCUGAGAAAGCAAGAAAAGAGAGCAUGUGGUAUGGAGAAGAGCGCCCUCGCUGGCUUGGUCCACUUUCAUAUGACUAUCCUAAAUAUUUAACUGGUGAACUACCUGGGGAUUACGGCUUUGAUGUUGCAGGUCUGGGCAAGGAUCCUGUGGCUUUCCAGAAAUAUUUUAACUUUGAGAUACUGCAUGCACGUUGGGCUAUGCUUGCAUCACUUGGUGUUCUGGUUCCAGAAGUAUUAGACAUAUUAGGAGCCUUUCACUUCGUUGAGCCUGUCUGGUGGCGAGUUGGCUAUUCAAAGCUUCAGGGAGAUACUCUUGACUACCUCGGCAUCCCAGGACUCCACUUAGCUGGAGGCCAAGGAGUGAUUGUCAUUGCUAUUUGCCAAGCACUCCUGAUGGUUGGACCAGAAUAUGCAAGAUUUUGUGGGAUUGAGGCGUUGGAGCCUCUUGGCAUUUACUUGCCAGGUGAUAUCAAUUAUCCAGGAGGAGCACUUUUUGAUCCCUUGAACCUAUCACGUGAUCCUGUAGCUUUUGAGGAGCUGAAGGUGAAAGAAAUAAAAAAUGGGCGCUUAGCUAUGGUUGCUUGGUUAGGCUUUUACACACAAGCAGCUUUGACUGGUAAGGGUCCUGUACAGAACCUUCUUGAGCACGUCUCAGAUCCCUUCCAUAAUAACCUGCUUACCAUUCUCAAAUCCAUGUAAAGACAUUCUUUUGAUUCUACAUGCAUACAACUCCAAAAGCUUUGUUCCAUCAAGUUCCAAGGUCAUGUAUAUUAAACAGUUAGUUUUUCCCAGUUCACAAAACUAUAUUCUAGUCCUGCAAUUUGAUCUAGAUGGAUUCAAAGUAGUACUAUUUCUUUU